AUGUCCGCCGCCACCCACUCCAGCGGAGAAUGGAGCGGAACUGCGGAGGCCGUCGGCGCUGGAGAAGCUGUAGGCGGAAUGGCGGCGGGCGGAAUGGGCGCGGGCGGAAUGCCGGUGAGCAGCCCGGACAUUCUGGGGAAAGGGUGCUUCAGCUGGCGCGGCGUGUUUCACAAGGACCACGGCGCGCGCGUGCUUAAAUUAGAAGGCGGCGGUGUAGCGGAGGUGCUUGUAGUGGAUCCUGGGCGUAGAGACGACGAGGUGAGAACGCAUCAUGGGUAUGCUAUGGCGGGUUUCAGUGGAGCGGGAGAGCAUGCGGGGAUGGCGGGCGCGCACGGACAGGGGGAGGACGUGGGGGCAUACGAGCGUGGCAGUGAUAGGGUUGGGGGGAGAGGUGAGUUAAUGGCAGGGGCGGGGAGGGAGCAGGAGAGGGCGUUAGGGGUGGAGGAGCGAGGUUGUGUCGGUAUCGUGUCUUCUGCUGCGGCUGUCGUGGCGACUGAUGAAACGCAUGACCUCUCAGUGCGUACGGACGACACGGUUUCAUCCGACGUAGCGACGGUCGGCAGCGUUUCAUCUGCACGCCUGAACGCUGACGGCGUUUCAUCCAGGCGUGCGGCCGCAGCGGACGGAGCAGGCGCGUGGGACCCAGCUUUAGGUUCAAUGCGAGGCGAUCCCACAAGUGCAUCACAUGGGAUCAAUGCGAAUGAGGGAGGUGUGGGCGAGGGGGGCAGGGGCGAAGCAGCGCGUGGGAGUGUGGAGAGUGACUCGCUAGCCAAUGGGGAUGUAGCGGCAGGGAGCACUGGUGUUGUCACUGGCAUCAGUGGGUAUUCUGCUCUCGCCACCACUGCGCGCACUCAGGUGCUCCCUGUCCCUGUGGAUCCCUCCCUCACUUGCCCUCCCUACCCUCCCUCACUGCCUACUCACCCUGACGCAACCGCCUCUUCCCCUUCCGCCCUCACCUCCCCUCCCCUCCCCUCUUCGCCACCCCUCUCCGCUGCUCCUCCCACGGACGCCACCCCCUUGGGCCCUCUCCCCACCAUCACUCCCUCCGCCACCGCCCUUUCCCUCCCCACCCUUUCCGCCCCCAAACCAUCCGCGGCCCCCCCUCGCCCCCACACCGCCGCAGCAUCCUCCCUCCCCCGCCCGCCCCACGCCCUCCCCCCCACCCCCGCCAGCAGGGAAGGGGGGCACCAGAGGGGAGCGAGAGGGGGGGUGAGCAGGGAGGGGCGGGGGGGGACGGCGGGGGCGGGCAGCGGGCGCAGUGGGGGGUCGAGCGGGGGGAGGUGGAGUGGGGGAGGCGGGGGAGCGGGGGGAGCGGGGUUCCAUGCGCGCAAGCUGUCAACAGACGACAGCUUCCUGGGUCUUUCCUCCCGCAGCCCCCUCGACACCUCCGCCUGCACUGCUAGAACGCCCCGCCUCUCCCCCCACCCACCCGCUGCUGUUACUGCUGCUGCCACCGCCGCUGCCGCCGCUGUUGCUGCUGCUGCUGUCGGUGGUGGUGGUGCAGCAGAUGACACUGCCACGUCACCCAGCAUCAUCCACAAGUCGCCGUCCACGCCGUCCGUCUCCACCGACGAUGAGCUGGCGCCGCUGCCCGGCCUUGGGAUUGCCGGGGCAGGGACAAGAGCGGGACUGGACGGGGGAGUGAUGGGCGGAGUGAUGGGAGGGGGGGCAGCGGAGAGGGGAGCUCUGGGGGAAGGGGAGGGGAUGGGGGGAGGAGGGGCGGGGAUGGGGCAGUACGGGGGCAUGCAUAUCCCCAGGAAUGAGAGUGUGGGCAGCAGCAGCGGGUCAGUGGCAGCAGGGGAUGGGCUGGUGGGCGUGCCAAGGCCGAGCACGCUCAAGACGUGGAAGUCCAUGCACGCCCACCGCCAUAAACUCGCCCGUGGCCUGCUCUUCGCUGGAGAGAGUGGGGAGGAGGGCGGGAUGAGCCCCAGGGGCCUGGCGUUCAUGGCAGGCGCCCGGCGCCGAGGGCUGUGGCGCCGCACUGUCACGCCCAAGGAGUGGAGCGAGGGCUGUCUGAUCAAGAUGAGUGCGCUCUUCUCCGCACCUGCCACCUGCUCACCACAUCCCCUGCUUCUCUCGUCUCUCCUCCCCCAUUUGCUCAUUCUCUUUUCUCCCUCCCUGAGUCUGCGCCCUGCACUCACACUCCCCACCCCCACCUCCCCCCCGUCUGUCCCUCCACCAAUCCUGUCCAACACACCUUUUCCUUGCCACGACACCUUCCUGCUCCCCUCCUCAGCUGUCAAGCGCCUGCUCAUGUGGCCCCAGGCGGGUUCUCAGGUGUCCCGCUGCGCCCCAGGUGAUUCCUCUGCUGAAAACUCCUGGUCGCCCGUGGACCCUGCGUCCUUCGACGUGCGCGGAGAAACUUUUCUAUCUGACCGCCGCAAGGUGCCCGCCUGCCCGCCGGCUAUUUACGAGCCGUGGGGCGUGGACGUGUUUCACACACCACUCAAAAUCCGCCACGUGGCAGAGCAUGUGGAGCUGCCUGCUUGCCUCUUUGGGAGGGGCGGUGGGGGGGGGAGUGGGGAGGUGCGGCAGGAGGGGGCGGAAGGGGGGGAGAGAGGGCAAGGGGAGGCGGAUGGUUGCUUGGAUGGUGUGUGUGCGGAGGUCUAUGGGGUGGGAGAAGAGGGAGAAGGGGGAGAGGAAGGAGAAGGAGGAGACGGAGAAUGGGCAGAAGGGUGGGUGCUGCCAGAGGUGCUGGUGGUGAACCUGCAGGUACCGCUCUACACCACUCUGCCGCUGCUACAGCAGGAGCAGGACGGCGAGGGAAUCAGCCUGGUGCUCUACCUGAAGCUCAGCCCUGCUUAUGCGCGUGGUGUUCCACCGUGCCUCGCUGCCAUGCUGGAGCCUCUGUGCCAACCGCCAGCCCCAACUUUCUCUCCCCAGCCAGGGAUGGGAAGCAGCAUGCAUGCGCCCACGGCCACAGAGGGGAGCACUCCAGACUGCACUGCAGCGGUAGCGGCUGUAGCAGGGCCUGGCGGGUACAGUGCUACAGAUGCGGGUCAUUCACGCUCUGGCAGUAAGGGGAGUGGCACGAGCGGCAGCAGCAGUGGGGGGAGGGGGGGAAAGGCAGUUGGGGGCAGUGAGGCUGGGCGGAAAGAAUCUCCAAACGCGUUCAAGUGGGAUCGGCCGAAGCUGCUGGCUCGGGUGGUGAACGAGGCUGGCAUGGGGCUAGGUUCGGGUACGAAGAAGACGGUGCAGAGCUGGAGUGGACAGCCCAUCCUCACUCGCUCGCAUCACUCGCUCAUUCGAGCGCAAUAUGGGGUAGAAGCGGGGGAAGAGGGGGAAAGGGCGGACGACGAUUGGCGGAACAGCGAGUUCGGAUUCUCGGGGCUUGCUACUAUCGCGGACGUAGUGGAUGAACUGGACGGCGAAUGGGAGGACGACACGUCAGCGGGAGGAAUCGAGGCUGAACACCCAACGCAAUCUCCCUUGGCGUUGCCGACAGCGAGUGAAACGCGCAUCCCAGGCGGCAGCAGCAGCAGCACCAGAUUCCACAAUCGACCUCGUCGCAGCACGGCAAAGGCCCGGCGCUGGCACUCGUGCUCCCCCUCGCCGUGUGUCUGCCCGCCCCUCUCCGCCUCCUUCCGCCCCAUCUUCUUCCGCGACCUCCGCCUCCCCGCGUACUCCGUCAUUUCCACUCCCCCUUCCUCCUUUCCGCCUUCCCCUGCGCCCUCGUACCUCUCCGCCACCUCCUCCGCCACCUCCGCACCUAUUCUCCGCCAUAGGUCCGCGGAUUCCCAUUCCCCCUCCUCCUCCUGUAGCACUUCCACCUGCGCCUCCCCCACGUCCUCCGCAGAGCAUCCCUCCGACGCGGGCAUGCCGCCGCUCCCCCGCCAGGUCGACUGGCGCAAGUUCGACUCCCCCUGGCGUGCCAUGCUCUUCCGCAUCUGCGGGUUCCAGUCCGCGGUGCUGCAGCGGCGCCAGCACGUAUUCGUCCUGCGCCACGCGGAGCGCCUCGACGCCGUCGAUCCGCGAUGGGCGCAGCGGGAGCCCACCAGCCGGCCGUGGGACCCGCCGCUGUCGGAAUGGGGGCGGUACCAGGCGUACCAGGUGGGGGUGCGGCUGCGGCGCGAGGGGUGGGGGGUGACGCGCGUGGUGUGCGCGCCGUACGUGCGCUGCGCGGAGACAGCCGCGGAGCUGAUAGCCGCCAUGAGCAGCACGCCUGACAUGGACUACGCGCCCUCGGGACCUGGGUAUGGGUGCUCCUCGUCGCCGUGCCUGCCGCUGCCGCGCGUGGGGCGCGUUGGUGCGGCGGGGUGCAGGACGGUGGGGGUGCAGCGGCACAUCCUCCGAGCCAUGCAGCAACCGCUGACGCCCGCGCAGGCACUGCACCACCGCAAGCGAAAGCACGCGAGAGACGUGGCCGGCUCUCUUUCCAGUUCGUACCACGACCCUGCUGAUCGGAGGGCUCAGGAAGCCGCAUCGGCGGUUGACAUGUGGCAGGCUGGCAUGCCAGUCCCUCUGCCCCACAUCCGUGCCUGCAUCGACUACUCCCUCUGUGAGGUGAUCCCGCCCGGAACGGCAACGGCCGCGUUUGUCCCAUGCGCUGGCGGGUCGGGCGGCGCUGGAGGCAUUAUUGCCUGCAGAGUGUGUGGAGAGGGUGGUGUGGGCAGUGACAGGAGGGCGCGGACUUGA